AUGUCUUCCUACUGGCGCAGCAGUCAAGUAAUAGUUUCUGUUGAUGUGUUGAGUGCUUCGUGGAACAUUCUUGCGUUAGAUGGGGACAAUAUUCUCUCUGUGUCUAGUAGUCCAGUAGAGCCUCCUGAAAUCAAGUAUGGGUACUCUACUGAGAGGAAGGAAUGGAAUUGGCUCGAUAUUUCAGGUCCUGUUUCUAUAUACUCUACGAAGGUUAAAUCUAUGCUGUCAUCCCUCCAAUUUAGUAUAAUGAAGAUUCCAGUUCGUGAUACUUCUGAAGACCUUACGGACGGUGCUAGGACACCCUAUGAAGCCAUAUUUGUUUCUUCCAAAACCAGGAAAAGUGAUGCAUGUGAUCCAUUGGUUGUAAUCCUUCAUGGUGGACCGCAUUCUGCCUCGUCAACUGACUUUAAUAAAAAUCAUGCUUUCCUGUCUACAUUAGGUUACAGCUUGCUCAUAGUAAAUUAUAGAGGUACAAUGGGAUUUGGAGAGGAGGCGUUACAAUCACUCCCAGGAAAAGCUGGUUCACAGGAUGUAAGUGAUGUACUUGCAGCUCUAGACCGUGUCAUUGAAAUGGGUCUCGCUGACCCAUCUAAAGUUGCUGUGGUUGGAAUCUCACAUGGGGGCUUUUUGACGACCCACUUGAUUGGCCAGGCACCAGAUAGGUUUGCAGUAGCGGCUGCGAGAAAUCCUGUUUGUAAUCUUGCAUUGAUGGUUGGUACGUCUGAUAUCCCUGAUUGGUGUUAUGUGGGAGCAUAUGGUUGUAACGAGGGGAAAAAUUACUUUACAGAGGCACCUUCAUUUGAUCAUCUACACGUGAUGUAUAACAAGUCUCCUAUUUCCCACUUUGCAAAGGUCAAAACGCCAACCCUCUUCCUUCUAGGCGCACAGGAUCUGCGCGUUCCAGUUUCCGAUGGGUUGCAAGUAAGAUUUUACAUGUAG